GCUUUGCUUCUUUUUCCACGUUAGUAAUAGGCUUGGGGCCCCACACAACCACACCCUCACAACAACCAUGACCGACUCCGGCAAAGUCUACCACCGCUCGUGCACCGGACCAGCUCUUCAAACCGUCGAACAACACGCUCAAGACGAAGACAUCACCCUCUUCGCAAGCUGUUUUUGUCCAUUCGUGCAACGCGUAUGGGCUGCGCUUGAAUAUCUUGAGAUUCCUUACAAGGUGAGCGAAUCUUGCCACGAAGUCGAUCCCUAUCAAAAACCACAAGAACUCCUAAAUGUAUCGCCAAAAGGCCUAGUCCCAGCGCUCAUGCUCAACGCUUUCGAUCCGCCUCGUGCACUUAAUGAAAGCACCGUUAUCCUCGACUUUCUCGAAGAUAUCGCUGCAAAGUCAACACAUAGAAGUCUCUUCCCGCCAUCAACAGAUCCAUAUGCGAAAGCGCUCGUCCGGCUCCAGUCAGAUCAUAUCAGCCGAACGCUCGUGCCUGCGUUUUACAGGUAUCUUCAAGCUCAAGAUCCAGAGGCGCAAAUUUCUGGAGGGAAAGAGUUUCACGCAGCUGUUCAAUCAUUAGUCGAGCUUUUCGAACGUGCUGAAAGAGAGGUAGGGGGAAUAGGGCUUUGGGUUGAAGGUGGUGAUUUGGGAUGGGCAGACGUCGUCGUUGCACCGUGGAUCUUCAGAGCGACUAAUGUGUUGAAACACUACCGCGAGUUCGAAAUGCCGCGAGGAACCAAAUUUAAAGCUUGGUUGGGGAGACUUUUCGAGUAUCCUGCGUUUAAGAAGACUUGUAGUGAUGAAGAGUUGUAUCUGGACAGUUAUGAGCGAUAUGCGUUCAACAGGCCGAACACGAGUCAGGUGGCUAAUGCGAUUAAUAGCGGCAGGGGGUUACCUUGAACGAGACAACGAGGAAUCCAAUGACUCUGUACAAACAUAAAUAUGAAUGCAUUGCAAAGUGAAUAAAACAGAGGUACGAAGUCUCAAUGAGAAUUGGCCAGUGGGAAGUUCUGUAUGUAUAACUAGAUUCCCAAUCUAGGGGGCGUCGAACGCGUGGUAAAUUGCAUAACCGUUCGGAGUUUGCUGCUUGUCGUAAAGCUGUGAAAGAGUGAGUAUGAGGCGUGUUCUGUGAUAAAAAAGACGGUCCAACAGGGAUUAGCGGACCUUCAACUUGGA